CUGAACCCCUUUGAGCAGCAACCCGGUAGUCACCGUCACCUCGUCCGGGCCAGAGCUCUAAGAAAUCUGGACCCUGCUUCCCAGACUUCUGCAGGUUUUUCAGCCCUGGACUAUAUUUCUCUGAAGGCAUCACUGCAAGACUCAAGCUCUGGUAACCUCUGCGAUUUUCUAGAACCUCUGGGAAGUCACUUGAGUAAAAUGAAAUAGUUCGGCUCACACCGCAGCAGCGUGAGUUCCCGGGUUCAAGCAAGGGAGACCCGAGGCGCGCCCGAUUCCGGACCACAGGACGUGGCCAGCUGCCUCUGGAUUCUGUUGGAUCGGGCCGGGUUCAUGUUUAAGACUACAUUUCCCGGAGGCCACCGCGUCCCUGCGCCAUUUCGUACACUUACUCCGUUACUCCUUGGUUUAAGGAUCCAGUCUGCAGCGGUAGGUGAGUGCUCUACCUCGCUGGGACCCGCACGCUGCCUUUGGGUUGGAGCAUCCAGAAGGAAGUUCCUGUAAGGUGCUGGGAAUACCGGUGUGCCGGCUGGGGCUCGGUGCUGACAGGAAUCGAGACGAUCCUGGCUCUGGACUACGUAUCUCCAACUUCGUAGCACUCAGGUUAAUUCCUUACGGAAGUCGGCCUUGCCAGUGCGGAGUGGCUGUGCCCUUCUCCGCUGGUCGUCGGUCCUGUCACUUCGGUUCCUAGCGGCAGAGGCGUGGUGCUAUCAGCUGUGUUCCUCUGCGCCGCAGCCCUGCUCUCCUCUUAGGACUCUGCACAUCUCCAGGAGAGGAACCAGAAAGUUGAUCAGUUCUGACAGUUCUGAAAACCAUGCCUCACUGGUUGGUAACUUUCAGGGAUGUGGCCAUCAACUUCUCUCAGGAGGAAUGGGAAUGCCUUGACCCCAUUCAGCGGGAUUUGUACAGGGAGGUCAUGGUGGAGAACUACAGCCACCUGAUCUCACUGGCUGGAUGUUCGAUCCCUAAGCCAGACGUGUUUUCCUUAUUGGAGCGAGGGAAGGAGCCCUGGAUGGUGGUGAGAGCCAUGACAAGAUGGAGCUCAGACUUGGAAUACAGCUGUGAGACCAAAAGGUCAUGUCCAGAAAAGGGAACUUAUGAAAUGGAAUCACUGCAAUGGGAGAAUAUGAGGAAACCUAUAAGCCAUAACCUUGAGUGCAAUGAUCUUGGAGAAAAUACAGAGUGCAAAGGCAAGUUUGAGGAUCAACAGAGAAGUCAGGAAAGACCAUACAUGCGCAUGAAAAUUACCUGUAAAGAAGAGGCCACUCAAAGCCAUUCCAUGUCCCCUAUUCUUCAUCAGAUAAAUCCUACCAAGGAAAAAUUGUACAAAUGUAAGGAAUGUAAACAAGCUUUCAGCUACUUGUCAUGCCUUAUUCAACAUGAGAAAAGUCAUAAUAAAGCAAAACACUCUGACGUUAAGAAAUGUAGGAAGAUCUUCAGCAAAAAGCCAACCUAUAUUCAACAUCAGAGGAUUCAGAAUGGUGAGAAACCUUAUGAGUGUAUGGAAUGUGGAAAGGCCUUUGGUCGUAGUUCUGAUCUGAUUCAACAUCAGAAAAUUCAUACUAAUGAAAAACCUUAUCAAUGUAAAGCAUGUGGGAAGGCCUUUAUUCGUGGUUCACAACUCACUGAACAUCAGAGAGUUCAUACAGGAGAGAAACCAUAUGAAUGUAAGAAAUGUGGAAAAGCCUUUAGUUAUUGUUCACAAUAUACACUCCAUCAGAGAAUUCAUAGUGGUGAAAAACCUUAUGAAUGUAAGGAAUGUGGGAAGGCCUUUAUUCUUGGCUCUCAACUUACUUACCAUCAAAGAAUUCAUAGUGGUGAGAAACCCUAUGAGUGUAAGGAAUGUGGAAAGGCUUUUAUUCUUGGUUCACACCUUACUUAUCAUCAAAGAGUUCAUACUGGUGAAAAGCCUUACAGAUGUAAAGAAUGUGGGAAGGCCUUUUUAUGUGCCUCUCAACUUAAUGAACAUCAGAGAAUUCACACAGGUGAGAAACCCUAUGAAUGUAAAGAAUGUGGAAAGGCCUUUUCUCGUGGCUCACAACUUACUUAUCAUCUGAGAGUUCAUACAGGUGAGAGACCCUAUAAAUGCAAAGAAUGUGGGAAAGCCUUUAUUUCUAAUUCUAAUCUUACUCAACAUCAGAGAAUUCAUACAGGUGAGAAACCUUACAAAUGUAAGGAAUGUGGAAAGGCCUUUAUUUGUGGCAAACAACUUAGUGAACAUCAUAGAAUUCAUACAGGUGAGAAACCCUUUGAAUGUAAGGAAUGUGGAAAGACCUUUAUUCGUGGUGCAUAUCUUACUCAACAUGAGAAAAUUCAUGGUGAGAAGCAUUAUGAAUGUAAGGAAUGUGGGAAGACCUUUUUUCGUACCACACAACUUACAUAUCAUCAGAGAAUUCAUACAGGUGAAAAACCCUACAAAUGUAAGGAAUGUGACAAAGCUUUUAUUUAUGGCUCACAACUUAGUGAACACCAGAGAGUUCAUAGAGGUGAAAAACCCUAUGAAUGUAAGCAAUGUGGGAAGGCCUUUAUUCGUGGCUCACACCUUACUGAACAUCUAAGAACUCAUAAUGGUGAGAAACCCUACGAAUGUAAGGAAUGUGGGAAGGCCUUCAGUCGUGGCUCAGAACUUACUCUACAUCAAAGGAUCCAUACUGGUGAGCAACCCUAUGCAUGCCUACAGUGUGGUAAAGACUUUAGACGUCAUUCACAACUUAUUCAACAUAUGAGGCUUCAUAAUUGAGAAAGCUUUAUAUAUGAUUUAAUAUAAGAAAGUCUUCACCCAUCUUCAGCAGCUCUGGAAUAUUAGAGAACUCAUAUUAUGUUUGUAAUGAAAUAGGACAUCCUUUUGAUUGUGUUCAAAAUCAACUCAUUUUUAGAAAGCUUAUAUUAACUUCAUGAAUGCAGAAAUAGAUGACUUCUGGAACCCAUUAAACAUUUUUAAAAAUCUCUAUAACCCUGGAAUGUAAUGCUGAAUUAUAUCCUUUAUUGAGCACCAUCUCUAUUUUAAUAUUUCCUAACUGUGAAAUUGGAUAGGUUACUUAACUUCUCUGUGCCUCCAUUUCUUUAUGUGUAAAAUACUAUAAUGGUAUAAUAAUGAUCAAAUUGUAAGUGAUUAAACACAUGUAACUCCCUUUGGACAGUAUCUGAUAGUGUUAUUAUCAUUAUUAUUAUCAUCAUCAUUAAUGCUAUUAGAGAAGUCAAAUGGUAGGAAUAUUUUAUAAGUACCAUAGAAAGAUGUAAACAUUCUAUUACCAUCUAUCCCCUUUUGAACCCAAAUAAUUUAUUCUAUGACAAGAGCUUUAGAACAUAAUAAGGGUAUGAAGGCCUUUAUUUUAGAGCUCAUAAAUUUUGCUGCACCAGAAAAUUCAUACUGGAAAGAAACUCUAUGGAAGAAAUUUCUUUACGGUUGUAGAGCUUUUUUAUAAAAUCAAGGAGAGGUGAUUUUUCUACAACAAAUUACAAAAGCAGAAGUCAUUAUUCCACAUUUUCUAAUUACUACUUUAAGGAUAAAAGAAUUUACCAACAAAAUGAUAGCCAAGUUAACGCCAUUAAAAAAAAACCUAUAAAAUAUUGUCUUAAAUGAGAAAUCAAAGCAAAAUUUACCAACUACACUUUUUCCUCAUUAUCUGAACCUAAUCUAUUCCUGAUAACAGGUUGAACAGUAAAUUUUCAGAUGCCCAAACUUCAGAGCCUACCUACAUCCCAUUACUUCAAAUGGGAAAAAUAAUGUUUCCAAUGCAUUCAAGUACCCUAACCAAUUUUCCCAAACAUAAUUUAAAUUCAAGUUAAACCACUUACAUGAAUUCUCUCAGGGAUUUCUGAAUAAUUUAAAACCCAGUUAACAAGUAACUAGUUAGCAGACAUGUUUGUGCAUGCAAUUAUUUUGAACAUUAUAAAGUAUGAAUUAUGUUUUUCUUCUACACUUCAAGGAACAGAUACUAUGACGAUAUAUAAUGAAAUGUAUUAGUACAUAAUGGAAAUAAAUAAUUAGUAAAAUAAAAGAAAAUAAUAAUAAAAGUAAAAUAAAAGACAUUGAUAGAAUUGAUACAAAAUUUCCCAAGACAAUAUUUUUCCAUAUGUGAGGCACUCUGCUGUUUUCUAUUACAUAGUCUGUAAUGAACACUGCAGCCCACUUAGUUGUCUUCACAACUUAAUAUUCAUUAUCCCCACUCUAAAAAACACUGGUUUUACAUAUAUAUUACAAAAUUAUAAUCUAAAUGUUAAUCCACCAUUUUUUAAACAACGACAACAGAAAAGAUAAGUGUGAAUGAGAACCAUUAGAACACUCUGAAUCAUUAGUGUAACCACGGUGAUGCCAGUGCAGUCAUGCAUUCUCCACUCAGAUUAGACAAACUAUGCCAUCAUUGGUCAGUUGUUUACAAUUCAGGGACUACCAUUAUUGCCCAACUAAAUUUAAAGAAAAUGUAAAUAAUGGAAUGUAAGUAGAAUGUUAUGUGCUACAAUGAUAAUAGGUUAUUGAUAAUACCUCUGACAAGUAAUAUAUAUGCAUGUUAGCAGCCUUUUGCAGAAAAUGCCCAGAACCAGAUUUUCCUAAGAUACAUUCAAGAAAUAAUAAUCAGGGCUUCCCUGGUGGUGCAGUGGUUGAGCGUCCACCUGCCGAUGCAGGGGACACGGGUUCGUGCCCUGGUCCAGGAAGAUCCCACAUGCCGUGGAGCAGCUGGGCCCGUGAGCCAUGGCCGCUGAGCCUGCGCAUCCGGAGCCUGUGCUCUGCAACGGGAGAGGCCACAACAGUGAGAGGCCCAUGUACCGCAAAAAAAAAAAAAAAAAAAUCUCCAAAAUACCUUUGGAGAAGAAGUGUUCUGCCUCAUUGCAUAUAAGGCCAUGCAUAACCAAAUUUUCUUAUUGGCUUAAUGAAUUCCACUUUGAACAAGCCAAAUUAAAAAAUUGUAAGAAGUCCCACAAUAAAGAACAUAUUACCUUUGUUUAACCCAUUGUUUCCCAGUCCUGACCAUGAAUCCCUUCUAUUCCAUAAUACUUAAUAUUUUGUGUUGUGAAGGCACUUCAAGAAAUCUAUUCUUGACCAAAAGGAAUAAUUAUAAGAGGAAAUUUAAGGCAUAAUUGCAGUUAUUUAAAUUUAGUGGGUGGCAUAAUGCUUUUCUGUUCUACAAUCAGUCACUAAACUAUACAGGGACAAUCCUUCUAGCUUAAAUUUUCACAAUCGUUUCCCUACUCUGUCAUCUAGAUCAAUUUAGUAAGGUUUUUAUUCUUGAUGCUGUUGUUACAAGAUUGUUUAACAGGAGAAACUUGAAUGAAUGCUAAUUAUCUCAGCACUGUUAUGUUUAUUUCAUAAAUCAAACUUUAAAACUUAGGGUUUACCUUUUAAGGUAGUGGGAGGGGAUAGGAAUGUACACUAAUCAAAGGAUUAUUAAAGACAAAUGGAAGCCAUGGCUGCAAUACUGGUUUAAUUGCUACUUUAAGAUAUAUUGAUACCAUCAUAACUGUUCAAAAUUAAGCUUUAUUUCUCUUACAUGCAUAUAAUUAUUUUCAAAAGCCAUUACAUUCCUCUUACAACAUUCCAUAUUAAAGUUUAUGCCAUACCAGAGAAAUAGUGCAAAAAAUUAAAAAAUAAAUCACCUUCACUAUCUCCCAACCAUCUACUGUUAAAACUUUGGUUUUUAUUUUUUGUUGUUUCCUUCUUUUUUCAAAUAUGGCCCACAUCUGAAUGUAAUAAGAGUAUGUUUUAACGGGAUAAGUACCCAUUUAUCUGUAACUUGCUUUAUUUUGUGUAAACUUUAAAAAUAUAUAUAUAUAUAUAUAUAGUUGCACCAGGUCUUAGUUGCAGCAGGCGGGCUCCUUAGUUGCAGCUCACUGGCUUCUUAGUUGUGGCACAUGGGCUCCUUAGUUGCGGCAUGCAAACUCUUAGUUGUAGCAUGCAUGUGGGAUCUAGUUCCCUGACCAGGGAUUGAACCCGGGCCCCUGCAUUAGGAGCACAGAGUCUUAUCCACUGCACCACCAGGGAAGUCCCUCUUUUAACUUUUUAUUGUAGAAAAUUUCAAAUGUAUACAAAAAUAGAAUAGUAAAAUGAACAUCCAUGAACUUACCACAU